CUUUCGUCGUCUUCUACUCUCCGUCUCCCCCAUUCGACCAUCACCACGCAUCUCCCAUACACAUACACACACAUACGCACACGCACACGCACACACAUUUCCGACCUGACCAGCACUCUGUGGCUAAUUAGGUCCUCCGACCUGCAAUUCCUGCAUUGCUGCCUAUAGUAUCUUCAUUCCCUCCUCCCCCACGAUAAGCCAAGCCGUCACAGGGCCUGACUUGUAAAUACUUCGCACAUCCCGCCCAAUUCCUCGUCGCUCAGACACCUUUCUGUCAACACUUCCAAGUCACCUCUGGAAAAUGAUACUGUCCGCGAAAUUCUUCUCUCACAUAACCAAAUUCAAACCCGACAUUCGGCACCUUAUACCUUAAAGGAAUUCCGAAUCACCCAAUAAAUACAUUGUUCUCACCCACCACCUAUUGACGUACCGCACCUUACGCCAGCCCUGCGGAUAAUCGUCCGGUGAACACCACCACACCACCACAUCAUGACGACCCACGAUACUUUACCAACUCACGCCUUUAUGAACGGGUAUCACCCGUCUUCGCCGCCUAUCACGCCUGGCUCACGGACGCAUUCCCGCUACCCGCCGCAAACCAGCCAUACCUCACCUUUAUAUAAGAAUAUGGGUAUCGCUUCGCCUCCGCUGGAAUACAUUGAGCCUAUCGGGCAUGGCCCACAAUUCCACUUCAGAAGGCCGCCUUCGAAGGAUCGUUCUUCCCAGCCCUCGGUGGCCUCCGGGUUAGCUCACGCUGCAACGCCCGAGGAGACCGAGGAUGAGUACGAUUCUGACGAUGAAAGUGUCUACGAAGUGCCGGCUCGCCUGGUUGAUAGGCCCGAUUUCGUGCUUGAAGAGUUCGACAGUGACUCGGACGAUGAUGACAUUGAAGUUCUUCGCCCGUACCAAUGCGAAGAUGCCCGAAGCGAGAAGAGCGGAGGGAAACUGGAAGAGAAUGGAUUCCUCAACAAGUUCAUGGAGAUGAACUGCCAAGUAGGAUCCUCGGAUGAGGAAGAGCAAGAGCGAAGUUAUAGACGGAAGAAGAAAAGAUGGAGUGCUGGCGUAUUCAAGAGAAGCCACAGCCAAAGUGUUGAGGGAGAGAGCAGUUAUUCCGAUAACGAUCCGCUGGAUGAUGUCGAUUUGACAGCUCGUCGACUCCGCCGCCGUGUCCGUGGUCCAGGUGACAGGAGAGAGUCUCUUGUCUUCAUCGACAGGGGAUUCUCGAACUCUAACAAUAUUAUGGAGGUGGAAGAGCCUGACGAGCACGGCAUACCACAUACGAGAGGGCCACCAUCGAUCCCUUCCGACGAUGGAUUCACGCUCGACGAACUGCCGUUUUGGUUCGCAGAUGAGCCAGUCCUGAUCGAGUCGUCAAGCGAAUCUUCAGACGAGUCCUCCUAGCGCUCUGUGAGCCUAGCAGUAUGUGGUGGCUAUACUAGAUCCUUCGCGGAUUUGGUGUUGCGCGACGCCUCGUCCUGUUUCUUCAAAACCUUUCCCCAUUGUCCAGUGGCCGCUGGGCAAGGAUUUCUUUUUUCUAAAAUCUCUUCAUGUGUUUACGAGGCUACGAAACGUUUAUUGAGACAUUCCAAUUUUAUCAACUGCAUCCUGUUUUCUUUCUAAGCGCAUGCCAAUGUGUUAUCGCAAAGUAGUGAUUAUGUGUCGUAUAGAGAUCCUGAGCAGGCAUGGUUGC